ACAGCGCGCCCCCGGUGGCCCGGCGGCGGGAGGAAGGCGACCGCUCGGCCCGCGGCAAGUGACGGGCGUCUGGCCGAGGGGGAGCCGGGGCGGGGCGGCGGCGGCCAGCGAGGGAGCGCGCGGGCGGCCUAGCCCCGCCCCGGUGACCUUCACGGCCCGGGCGGCGGGCGCGGGCCGGGUGGCGGCGGCGCGAUGUUCGUGCAAGAGGAGAAGAUUUUCGCGGGCCAGGUGCUGCGGCUGCACAUCUGCGCGUCCGACGGCGCCGAGUGGCUGGAGGAGGCGACCGAGGACACCUCGGUGGAGAAGCUCAAGGAGCGCUGCCUCAAGCACUGUGCUCACGGGAGCUUAGAAGACCCCAAAAGUGUGACCCAUCACAAAUUAAUACACGCUGCCUCAGAGAGGGUGCUAAGUGAUGCCAGAACAAUCUUGGAAGAGAACGUCCAAGACCAAGAUGUGCUGCUGCUGAUCAAGAAGCGCGCCCCCAGCCCGCUGCCCAGGAUGGCCGACGUGUCCGCUGAAGAGAAGAAAAAGCAAGAGGAGAAAGCCCCAGAUAGAGAAGCUAUUUUCCGGGCCACCGCCAACCUCCCCUCCUACAACAUGGACCGGGCUGAGGUCCAGACUAAUGUCAGAGACUUCCAGACGGAGCUCCGGAAGAUCCUGGUGUCUCUCAUCGAGGUGGCUCAGAAGUUGUUAGCGCUGAACCCAGAUGCAGUCGAGCUGUUUAAGAAGGCGAAUGCGAUGCUGGAUGAGGAGGAAGACGGGAGAGUGGACGAGGCAGCCCUGCGGCAGCUCACGGAGAUGGGCUUCCCGGAGAGCAGGGCCGCGAAGGCCCUGCGGCUGAACCACAUGUCGGUGCCUCAGGCCAUGGAGUGGCUGAUCGAGCACGCGGAAGACCCGACCAUCGACUCGCCUCUUCCAGGCCAGGCCUCUCCCGGAGGAGCUGAGGCCGCCCCUGAGGGUGCCUCCGAGGCAGCCGGGACUAGCACGGGGGACGCGGGGGACGAGGAGCCCAGGGAUGAGCUCACGGAGAUCUUCAAGAAGAUCCGGAGGAAAAGGGAGUUCCGGGCUGAUGCUCGGGCCGUCAUUUCCCUGAUGGAGAUGGGAUUCGAUGAAAAGGAAGUGAUGGAUGCCCUCAGAGUGAACAACAACCAGCAGAGCGCCGCCUGCGAGUGGCUGCUGGGAGACCGGAAGCCUUCCCCCGAGGAGCUGGACAAAGGCAUCGACCCUGACAGCCCCCUCUUUCAAGCCAUCCUGGAUAACCCGGUGGUGCAGCUCGGCCUGACCAACCCCAAAACGUUACUAGCGUUUGAAGACAUGCUGGACAACCCCCUGAACAGCACGCAGUGGAUGAAUGACCCGGAGACGGGCCCGGUCAUGCUGCAGAUCUCCCGGAUCUUCCAGACCCUGAACCGCACGUAGGCGCGCGGCCGCUCCUCCGGGCUGCUGGGCGCCUGUCCCGGGAGCCGGCGUGGCCCCCUUCCCACCGCCGGCCAGUCUCUGGAAGAGCGCGG